AUGGACGGACCGAGUGUGAUGGACGGACCGAGUGUGCUGGACAGACCGAGUGUGAUGGACGGACUGAGUGUGAUGGACAGACUGAGUGUGAUGGACGGACUGAGUGUGAUGGACGGACUGAGUGUGAUGGACGGACUGAGUGUGAUGGAUGGACUGAGUGUGAUGGACGGACUGAGUGUGAUGGACAGACUGAGUGUGUUGGACAGACUGAGUGUGAUGGACGGACUAAGUGUGUUGGACAGACUGAGUGUGAUGGACGGACUGAGUGUGAUGGACAGACUGAGUGUGAUGGACGGACUGAGUGUGAUGGACGGACUGAGUUGUAUCAAACUAGUGGUUAUAGCCAGGAGUUUGUACUGUAUCAAACUAGUGGUUAUAGCCAGGAGUUUGUACUGUAUCACACUAGUGGUUAUAGCCAGGAGUUUGUACUGUAUCAAACUAGUGGUUAUAGCCAGGAGUUUGUACUGUAUCAAACCAGUGGUUAUAGUCAGGAGUUUGUACUGUAUCAAACUAGUGGUUAUAGCCAGGAGUUUGUACUGUAUCAAACUAGUGGUUAUAGCCAGGAGUUUGUACUGUAUCAAACUAGUGGUUAUAGAGUUUGUACUGUAUCAAACCAGUGGUUAUAGCCAGGAGUUUGUACUGUAUCACACUAGUGGUUAUAGCCAGGAGUUUGUACUGUAUCAAACUAGUGGUUAUAGCCAGGAGUUUGUACUGUAUCAAACUAGUGGUUAUAGCCAGGAGUUUGUACUGUAUCAAACUAGUGGUUAUAGCCAGGAGUUUGUACUGUAUCACACUAGUGGUUAUAGCCAGGAGUUUGUACUGUAUCAAACUAGUGGUUAUAGCCAGGAGUUUGUACUGUAUCAAACUAGUGGUUAUAGCCAGGAGUUUGUACUGUAUCAUACUAGUGGUUAUAGCCAGGAGUUUGUACUGUAUCAAACUAGUGGUUAUAGCCAGGAGUUUGUACUGUAUCAAACUAGUGGUUAUAGCCAGGAGUUUGUACUGUAUCACACUAGUGGUUAUAGCCAGGAGUUUGUACUGUAUCACACUAGUGGUUAUAGCCAGGAGUUUGUACUGUAUCAAACUACUGGUUAUAGCCAGGAGUUUGUACUGUAUCACACUAGUGGUUAUAGCAAGGAGUUUGUACUGUAUCAAACUAGUGGUUAUAGCCAGGAGUUUGUACUGUAUCAAACUAGCGGUUAUAGCCAGCCAGGAGUUUGUACUGUAUCAAACUAGUGGUUAUAGCCAGGAGUUUGUACUGUAUCAAACUAGUGGUUAUAGUCAGGAGUUUGUACUGUAUCAAACUAGUGGUUAUAGCCAGGAGUUUGUACUGUAUCAAACUAGUGGUUAUAGCCAGGAGUUUGUACUGUAUCAAACUAGUGGUUAUAGCCAGGAGUUUGUACUGUAUCAAACUAGUGGUUAUAGCCAGGAGUUUGUACUGUAUCAAACUAGUGGUUAUAGCCAGGAGUUUGUACUGUAUCACACUAGUGGUUAUAGCCAGGAGUUUGUACUGUAUCAAACUAGUGGUUAUAGCCAGGAGUUUGUACUGUAUCAAACUAGUGGUUAUAGCCAGGAGAUUGUACUGUAUCAAACUAGUGGUUAUAGCCAGGAGUUUGUACUGUAUCACACUAGUGGUUAUAGUCCGGAGUUUGUACUGUAUCACACUAGUGGUUAUAGCCAGGAGUUUGUACUGUAUCAAACUAGUGGUUAUAGUCAGGAGUUUGUACUGUAUCAAACUAGUGGUUAUAGUCAGGAGUUUGUACUGUAUCAAACUAGUGGUUAUAGUCAGGAGUUUGUACUGUAUCAAACUAGUGGUUAUAGCCAGGAGUUUGUACUGUAUCAAACUAGCGGUUAUAGUCCGGAGUUUGUACUGUAUCACACUAGUGGUUAUAGCCAGGAGUUUGUAAUCAACCAUAAGUUAUAGCUUAUAGUUUUUAUAGUUGAUAGUCUACAGCAUACAGCCAAUAACAUUCGCUAAUAGU